AUAAUGUGUGGCAGUCCAUAUAGAGAUCCAAAUGCAACCCCAGUUGCACUUCGACAUAUCUGCCUUAAGUGUAUUAGUGGUGCAUGCCCCACCAGUGCACAGUAGGUGCCCUUUUAACUUUUUGCCCCUGCACUUCCAAAUGUCUGUGUACGCCACUGGUAAAGAUUCACUCCAGAUUGUGCCAAGUUGUGACCUUUCACAAAAGAAAUUGCCAUGUUAUGAAUCAAGUUACAUUAUGCAUAUUAACAUCAUAUAGUAAAUGUAGAUAAGUCUAGUGUACCUGUGUGUUGAUGACAGUCAUAGAUCACGUGUUAUUGUUUGGAGCAGGAAACUGCCUGUCGGUUACGACACACACACACACACAGAACAGCUGCUGUGUGGGACACUUUCUCCCUCAUCCAUCUAUGUUUGCCCUCACCGUGUCCGGUAUGCGUGUAGGGAUGAAGGGAUGAAGGGAUGCCUCUCCAUUAGAAAGGAAAUUCAAUUACCAUCAUGCGUAGAUGUGGAGUAAACAAAUCCGACACGCAAUUAGCUGCUGCUGCUAGCUGCUAGGUAGCUAGCUACCGCAGCUCAGCAGCCCGUAGGGGGGAAAGAGGCACAGCCGUGUGUAGCUACAGCUAACCGUCAAGACGUGGACGUUGACACUAACCUACACCUGGCUGUGCCAAGCCAGAUACGCGUUUGUUUGUUUCACUCUCACAUAAAGGGACUACAAUGGAGCUGUUCCAGGCCAAGGACGACUACAUUCUCCAGAGCGGGGAUCGGGCUCUGUGGUGCAGUCGAAAAGAUGGGACCAUGACGGUUAGACCGGCCACAGACCUGCUGUUGGCAUGGAAUCCAGUGUGUUUGGGUUUGGUGGAAGGACUCAUUGGAAAGAUACAGCUUCACACAGAUCUUCCUCUCGGUCUUGUAUUAAUCCGCCAGAAAGCUCUGGUGGGCCAUUUACCAGGCAACCACAAAGUCUACAAGAUCACCAAGAUAGCUGUCAUUCCUCUCUCUGACGAAGAACCCCAGGAGCUUGAGCUGGAGCUGUGCAAGAAGCAUCACUUUGGUAUUGACAAAGCAGAGAAACUGGCCCAGUCUCCCGAUGAGUCAAAGUUUUUAAUGAAAACUUUUAGUCAGAUCAAAUCUAAUGUGGCUGUGCCCAUCAAAAAAAAGGUCAAAGAAAACAAAGAGAAGGAGCGCUUGGAGAGGAGACUGCUGGAUGAGCUGUACAAGAUAUUCAUAGACUCCGACUCCUUUUACUAUAGCUUGACCUAUGAUCUGACUAAUAGUGUGCAGCGUCAAGGAGACUCGGAAAAGACCAGUUUACCCCUAUGGAAACAGGUGGAUGAUCGUUUCUUCUGGAAUAAAUACAUGAUCCAGGACCUUAUUGACCUUCAGGUCCCAGAGGUUGACCACUGGGUGAUACCAGUUAUCCAGGGGUUUGUGCAAGUGGAGGAACUGGUGGUGAACUAUAAUGACACAUCAGAUGAGGAGAGGAGCAGUCCUGAGACCCCGCCCCAGGAGGUCACCUGCGUUGAUGACAUCCAUCCUCGCUUCACUGUGGCUCUGAUCUCCAGACGUAGCCGUCACCGUGCAGGGAUGCGGUACAAACGUAGAGGAGUGGAUACAGACGGCCAUGUGGCUAACUAUGUGGAGACAGAGCAGCUGAUCCAUGUGCACAGUCACACUCUGUCUUUUGUGCAGACUCGUGGCUCUGUGCCUGUCUUCUGGAGUCAGGCAGGAUAUCGGUACAAUCCCCGGCCACGCUUAGAGAAAGGAGAGAAGGAGACCAUGUCUUACUUUGCUGCUCACUUUGAAGAACAGCUUAACCUGUACAAGAAACAGGUCAUCAUUAACUUAGUGGAUCAAGGUGGACGAGAAAAGCUAAUUGGCGACUCUUAUCUAAAGCAAGUCCUGCUUUACAACAAUCCAAACCUCACAUACGUUUCUUUUGACUUCCAUGAACACUGCCGAGGUAUGAGGUUUGAGAAUGUGCAAACACUGACUGAUGCAAUUUCUGAUAUCAUCACUGACAUGAAAUGGGCCUGGGUGGACCAGGCAGGAGUCAUCUGCAAACAGGACGGAAUCUUCAGAGUCAACUGUAUGGACUGUCUUGACAGGACCAAUGUGGUUCAGGCUGCUAUUGCUCGGGCAGUGAUGGAACAACAGCUGAAGAAACUGGGUGUGAUGCCUCCAGAGCAGCCCCUGCCUCUCAAGUGCUACAAGAUUUAUCAGAUCAUGUGGGCCAAUAAUGGAGACACCAUUAGCAGACAGUAUGCUGGAACAGCAGCACUCAAGGGAGAUUUCACUAGGACAGGGGAACGGAAACUGGCUGGUGUGAUGAAGGAUGGUGUGAACUCGGCCAACCGCUACUAUCUGAACCGUUUUAGGGACGCUUACAGACAAGCAGUCAUUGACCUAAUGAUGGGCCUGCCAGUCACUGAGGACCUCUACUCCAUCUUCAGUAAAGAGAAGGAGCAUGAGGAGAAGGAGAAAGAGAGCCAAAGAGGAGCCCAGGAGCAGGUCAGCCUCCUGCUCCAGACGUACAUGCAGCUUUUGCUGCCAGAUGACGAGAAGUUCCAUGGUGGUUGGGCGCUCAUUAAUUGUGACAUGAGCCUUAUUGAUGCAACUAACAAAGAUGUGGAUGUCCUGCUGCUUCUGUCUGACAAAGCGUACUACAUUGCUUACUAUGACGAAGAAGCAGAUAAAGUCAACCAAUACCAGCGCCUCAAUUUAGAGGGAUUGGAAAAGAUUGAAAUUGGUCCAGAGCCUACUCUGUUUGGGAAGCCAAAGUUCUGUUGUAUGCGUUUGCAUUACAGGAACGAAGAGGCAAGUGGGUACUUUCACACACUGAGAGCAGCGACACGAAAUCCUGAGGAUGAUGGAAAAGAUACGUUGCAGUGCAUAGCAGAGAUGCUUCGCAUAACUAAACAGGCCACGGGGUUGGACCUGCUUGUGGUUGAAAAGAGGCUUGAGAGGCGACAGAGUAGACCUCAUGAAGAUAUAAUGGGGAUCCAAAACAAACCCUCUGAUCAGGUUCAAGGAAGCUCUGGUUUGGCACAAGGCAAAAGUUUCCUCCUCAACAAAUUCUCCUCUCUCAAUCAGAAAGUGAAACAGACCAAGACGAACGUAAACAUUGGCACCUUCAAGCCGCUUGGAAAGCUGGGCAACUUCUCCAAGCCUGAUGUAAAAGUCAAUUUCCUGAAACCAACUAUGCAUGUCAACCUGUGGAAGUCAGACAGCAGUUUGGAAACAUCAGACAACCCUGGCACAGGAUCCCUGAAAGACAUUGGUGACGAGCACUCUGAAAUGUCAGAUGACUCGGAUUCCUAUAAUUCUGACCCAGAUCACCCUUGUUCUGGUUCUUUGGAAAAUGUGGACUAUGUGCUGCCCAGCUGUGGCAUUGUAGCAUCAAACCCUCGACUGGGCAGCCGCUCCCAGUCCAUUGGUAGCGUGGAGCUAAAUAUCCCCUCCAUUAUCCACGUCACUGCCUGUGACGAGGUGCAGGAGAGCUCCUCUGUAGUCAGCGACGACAAGUCUCCAGGUGCUGCCUCGGUGGCCGAAGAAGCCAUUCUGAUUGACUUUGGUACUCCCAUUGAUGCCUACUGCCACCAGUUUGUCCAGGAUGCACAGACCAAACCUGUUGAGGUGUUUGGGGAGCAUCCACCAGCCUCUGUACCUCCAGUCAACCCUCUUGUGCCUAUACAGAAUAGGACCCCAGCAAACUCAGACAAGCAGCUAAACUCUGAGCUACAGGAAAAGCCCCAGCUCCCCAGGCCUUCUCAGCUAGAUGUUGAGUCCGCUACCUCCAAUUCCAAUCUCCUUCCUGUACAGAGGCCCAGCUCUGCGGUCUCAGGAGGCUCUCAGAGGAGUCUCGGUUCACAGAUGGAGGGCAGCCUUGGCCCUUCACCUGCAGACAGCAACAGCAGUCGAGUGGUCUCCCCCUUUGCCAAGAUCAAGAGCUCCAUGGUCCAGGUGGCCAGCCUCACCCAGGCAGGACUCACCCAAGGGAUCAACUUUGCUGUGGCAAAGGUACAGAAGAGCCCCGAACCAGACACCGUCACUGAGGUCCAAGAGAGUGAGCUGAAGGCAAUGUUUACCCAGUGCCAGACCAGGAUCAUUCAGAUCUAGUGCUUUCCUUGUAGCCGUACAACAUGUUGAAACUUCCUGUAUGGUAGCAGUAGCAAAAGUGUGCACAUAGAGUCGCUACUCAGCCAAGAAAUGCACUGUCAAAUUUACCCUUUAUCUAAAAUGGUCCAUACUCACGGCUAUUGUUCCGAAUUUUCAAAUAUAAACUGAAGCCCAUAACCAAGUGGCAUGUGGCUGAAGGGUUGCCAGUUUGUGUUCCCGCCAGGUCUCACUAAGGAAGGUACCCAAUCCCCAUUACUGAUUGUUAAUUGGAGACUAAAUUGACCCCAGCCUCUGGAGGUUAUUUGUUGUACCGGCCCCAAGCCCGGAUAAAUAGUAGAGUUGUGUCAGGAAGGGCACCCGGUGGCAUCCCCAAAAAAUAAUUAAGGAAUUAUCUUACUCUCAAGAGAACACUCCCUCUCGUCCCUUUAUGCUAUCCUACACAUGAUGUAAAUGUGAGUGGAGUAUAAAGAUGGCAUAGGUACGGCAAAUGUUGGAAGUAUUUGGGAAAUGUGUGAAAAUUCCCAUGUGUCAUUGAAAACUGUAUGCAGUUACAAUCGAUUUAUUCUCCUGUCAUAAUAACAUGCUGUCCUUAUGAUUAAUUACCUUAAAAAACUAUGGAAAUAAUGGAGAGUUUAGGUUUUUAAGACCUUGUAAACUCUGUACUUUUUUCUACACAUGUACUUUUUUGUGCAUGUAAACAUGUCGCUGUCCUUGAUCUGAUGACUCAUUACCCACAAUGCUUGCAUGUGAGGUUAAUGUAAAACGACUGAUAUGAACAUGGCAGGUAAAGAUCAGCUGCAUGUUGAACAACCAACUGUCACCUGUUGGCACUUGUGAUAUAGACCUCGUUAAAAAAAACAACAACGUUCAGUUUGUUAAUGUUACUGCUGUAGAAUCUGACCAAAUAUCUUUUGUGAUUCCCAAAGGAUAGUUCUAUGUUAACUUUGUAUAGCUUUCAGAAACUAGCCAGGCGACAUACUGUACGUAGUUAUCCUAUGUAAUUCAAUGUUGUCAAGUGGAACAUAACAAGAUAUACCAUUAGAAAUAGAAAUUAUGACUACACAAAGACCUUUGGAGUAUCAUGGUUGUUGAUAUGUACAGUGAGUAUUGUAUGUUUAACUGUUCCCUGAGUAGAGCCGUCCCUUGAGCUUUUUUGUGUAUAGUAGGGUGGCAACCUAAUAUGUUUAGAGGUUUGAGGAGCAUUAUAUUUUGAAAGGAACACCCAGUACUGUCGGCGAUAAUCACAAAAAACGGAAAACUGCUGGUUGGAGUUUUGAUAAGAUUGUGUAUAGAAAGAACUAUUAUGAAAAUGACAACUUGAUGAUGGUUUGUUUGAACCGAGUCCUAAGCCAGCGUUGUAUAUUGACGUUGCAUGUUCGAAAAUGGAUGGGAGAGUAGCAUUUUGUAGGUAUAGAAGCAGCUGCACCCACCCACUUAUAUAAAACACUGACGCUUUAUGCACUCCCCCAAACUGCAAUUAUAUUUGCCUUAACAGGGACUUGAAGUGGGAUUAAGUAUAUUAUCAGGUAUUUAUGUCAAAAUCUACCUUUUUAAGUCCAUUCUUUCAUGUUACAUUUGGUGUACUGUAUAAAAAAAAUCAUGUUCAGGGUUAUUGUAUGUCAUUCGGCUUUAUCUUGGGAUAUUUCAUGUGCUGGCUCAUGCAUUCUCCAUAGACACGUGCAGGUUGAAACAUCACUGCUGCUGGCGUUUAGGAUUGUUUGCUGCCGAACCCUAGUUAUAUUUAUGUAGUAAGAAACUGUAAACAUUACGUUAUAUACGUUUUUUCCCCUAACUUCUAAAAGUGAUGUUUUGCCUCAGUUAGCCCCUGUUAAACUUUACAGAUUGUCAUUCGGUGAAACUCAAUAAAAGUUAUUGUAGUAAGUAAUUGUUUUGCUUUGAGCUGAAAUAUCCCAAGGUAAAUGGUCAACAUUUGUAUCUUGUGUAACAUUUGCCUCUUUUCUGCAUUCAUCGUGCACACCAGCAGAUAAGAUGUGGAAUAAGUGUAUAUUAUAUCUGACUAAAAUUGUAUAAAGUGAGACUGUAGCCUUGGCUGCUUUGUGGGUGCUAGAUUAUAUAGUUAUUGAACCUGCUGAUAGUGUGUGGUGCUGCCAAAGCUUUAAGGUGACAGAUGCAAUGCAACGUUUUAAUUAAGAGGGUAAGAGGUGUUAUUUUUGUUUUUAAAAUUCCCUUCAGGAUUGCAAACACUGGAGCAGUUCUCAAAGCAGAGACACAUUAUUCUGUCCUGGCUGUAUCAAGUUAUAUGUAUGAAAAGAAAAAGAAAACGGUGAUCUUCAACAUUCCUGACAGAGACCUCAGUGUCACAGUGCAGGUGUCUGGUUUUUAUAUGCAAAAGCUGACAUAGUUAGAUGUAAUCCUGCAUUUGCUGGGUGAGAUUCCCCCCCUUAACCUUUUGUUUUUACAUUAACUGCUUUUGUAACCACCACCUAAUUUGUUGUCUAUGGUCGACCCCACACCGUGACAUAUCAUCAUGUGACUAGAGGUCUUGAAGCAUUUGAUUUGCACUGUUGAAGCACAUUUUCUAACAUUAGCACCAUCCAUCUCAUCUGAAUGUUUGUGGUCAUGUCUCUCCUCUUUACCAACUGACUGUUGUCACUGAUUUCCAGUGUCCUGAGAUUGUAUUGUAUAUUAAAGUAUCCUAUUUAUUCUUA